AUGGAAGAUGAAUGUAGAAGUUUCACAGAGAGAAACCCUGACCUUCUGUUUCUGUCAAGGGAGAAUUCCGCUGAGCCCCGCCCCUCGCUUUACUCCGCUGAGCCCCGCCCCUCGCUUCACUCCGCCGAGCCCCGCCCCUCGCUUCACUCCGCCGAGCCCCGCCCCUCGCUUCACUCCGCCGAGCCCCGCCCCUCGCUUUACUCCGCCGAGCCCCGCCCCUCGCUUCACUCCGCCGAGCCCCGCCCCUCGCUUCACUCCGCCGAGCCCCGCCCCUCGCUUUACUCCGCCGAGCCCCGCCCUCGCUUUACUCCGCCGAGCCCCGCCCCUCGCUUCACUCCGCCGAGCCCCGCCCCUCGCUUCACUCCGCCGAGCCCCGCCCCUCGCUUCACUCCGCCGAGCCCCGCCCCUCGCUUCACUCCGCCGAGCCCCGCCCCUCGCUUUACUCCGCCGAGCCCCGCCCCUCGCUUUACUCCGCCGAGCCCCGCCCCUCGCUUCACUCCGCCGAGCCCCGCCCCUCGCUUCACUCCGCCGAGCCCCGCCCCUCGCUUCACUCCGCCGAGCCCCGCCCCUCGCUUUACUCCGCCGAGCCCCGCCCCUCGCUUCACUCCGCCGAGCCCCGCCCCUCGCUUUACUCCGCCGAGCCCCGCCCCUCGCUUUACUCCGCUGAGCCCCGCCCCUCGCUUCACUCCGCCGAGCCCCGCCCCUCGCUUUACUCCGCCGAGCCCCGCCCCUCGCUUCACUCCGCCGAGCCCCGCCCCUCGCUUCACUCCGCCGAGCCCCGCCCCUCGCUUUACUCCGCCGAGCCCCGCCCCUCGCUUUACUCCGCCGAGCCCCGCCCCUCGCUUCACUCCGCCGAGCCCCGCCCCUCGCUUCACUCCGCCGAGCCCCGCCCUCUCUUUACUCCGCCGAGCCCCGCCCCUCGCUUCACUCCGCCGAGCCCGCCCCUCGCUUCACUCCGCCGAGCCCCGCCCCUCGCUUCACUCCGCCGAGCCCCGCCCCUCGCUUCACUCCGCCGAGCCCCGCCCCUCGCUUCACUCCGCCGAGCCCCGCCCCUCGCUUCACUCCGCCGAGCCCCGCCCCUCGCUUCACUCCGCCGAGCCCCGCCCCUCGCUUUACUCCGCCGAGCCCCGCCCCUCGCUUUACUCCGCCGAGCCCCGCCCCUCGCUUUACUCCGCCGAGCCCCGCCCCUCGCUUCACUCCGCCGAGCCCCGCCCCUCGCUUCACUCCGCCGAGCCCCGCCCCUCGCUUUACUCCGCCGAGCCCGCCCCUCGCUUUACUCCGCCGAGCCCCGCCCCUCGCUUUACUCCGCCGAGCCCCGCCCCUCGCUUUACUCCGCCGAGCCCCGCCCAUCGCUUCACUCCGCCGAGCCCCGCCCCUCGCUUUACUCCGCCGAGCCCCGCCCCUCGCUUUACUCCGCCGAGCCCCGCCCCUCGCUUUACUCCGCCGAGCCCCGCCCCUCGCUUUACUCCGCCGAGCCCCGCCCCUCGCUUCACUCCACCGAGCCCCGCCCAUCGCUUCACUCCGCCGAGCCCCGCCCCUCGCUUUACUCCGCCGAGCCCCGCCCCUCGCUUUACUCCGCCGAGCCCCGCCCCUCGCUUUACUCCGCCGAGCCCCGCCCCUCGCUUUACUCCGCCGAGCCCCGCCCCUCGCUUCAUCGCUGUUGAGGAGCUUUACGGAGAAGAACGGCCGGAGGAGGAUGAGAUCCUUCCCACAGUGACCCAGUUAACCCUUCGUCCUGACGCUGCGCUUGAAGAAGAGGAGCAGUGGGAAAGCUCAGCAUGA